CGAGUCAGAAGAGCCCUACUACUUGAGCUUUAGGUCCUUGGCCUAGACGCUUCGCCUUCCAGCCUUGUCGACCGUCUCAAGGAUGUCCCACACUUUUCAGCGCAUGCGAUCCUCGUUUAGUAGGACGACACAGAGCGAGCAACGAGAGGAUAGUGUCACUGGGCUCUCUCUCGGGGAUAGGAAACUAACAUCUACAAACCGACGACCCUUUGAAAUAUUAUAUAAUGGUCCAACGGGUGCUACCGCUGGGGAGGUUGAAAUCGAUAUAAUCGCGGUUCAUGGUCUGGGUUCUAAUGUAGACUGGUCGUGGACCUGGAAAGGCGAGGGUGGGAAACCGCCAUAUGUCCACUGGUUGAAAGAUCCCGAAAUGCUUCCUGCUGUAGUGCCAAAUGCGCGAAUCAUGACUUAUAGUUACGAAUCGAGAUGGCACUCUAAAGCUCCUAAAAUUCGCCUUGAGCUCUGCGGUGAGGAGUUAAUUCACAGUUUGCACAAUUUUCGUACUGAUGUCUCGGAUCGCCCCUUGAUCUUUAUCGCACAUAGUCUCGGUGGUUUGGUCGUGUUACACGGCUUACUAUAUGCCGACCGUGAUAAAAGAUACGGAUACCUACCCGAACGGACGAUUGGGUUCGCGGCUCUCGGGACACCAUUCAGGGGCACGAAGAUGCAAAGUGUCGCCGCAAUGUCCGCGUGGCUUAUGAGUUUUGCAGGUUCCAACCGCGGCAUUAUUACAGAUUUAGGUCGUCACAAUAAACAUCUGGAAGACAAAGUACAUGCUUUUGGCCAACUUCGGGAAAGGUUGAACUUACCUAUAUGGUGUUUUAUUGAAACAAACGAUACGGACUAUGGGAAGAGAUUCGGUAUUCCAGGUCUGAUUCGAGGAAGGGUGGUGGGCGAAACUUCUGCCCAUGUCCCUGGCUGGAAGCGAUCCAACCUAUAUUCAGACCACUUGAAGCUGAACAAGUUCUCGGGUCCGGAUGACCGUUCUUUUCUAACCGUUUCGGGUGAGAUUUGUAACAUGUACACCAAUUGGAAGAACUCGUUAGAGAAACGAAAGUUUGAGAGUAAGAGCGGCAGAGAAACCCCGAAGCCCGCGUUACCGACUCCCGGAAGCUUCGAUGUCGAUAAGACUCAUUCCGAUAGCUUCGAGCAGAAGGCAGCGAAUUUUAUAAACAGAUCUGGUCUCUUACGCAGAAUGACCGAAGAGAUUGGUACAACUCCGCAUUUCCGAUCUAUUUUGUGUCUAUACGGAAUAGCAGGAUGUGGCAAGUCGUUAAUGGCUCGUCACUUUGCGAGGUCAAAAGACUUUACUGCUCGCUUUGAGCUUCCCGGAAAAUCAGAAAUCGAUUUCAACAUAACGCUAGCUAGGUUCGCAGAGGAUAUACCCGGUCUCGUUCCACCAUCGUAUCCAGUAGAUUUAACGUGGGACCUCUCAGCGACCGGGGAAUCCCGCGAGCUUCAAGACCGAAAACAGAAAAAUAUAGACGCUAUCAUUCAAUGGUUUAACGCAAAAGGUAAUACUAAGUGGUUUAUCCUCAUAGAUGACGUUUAUCUUGAGGAUCUCAACAAAUCUGUGGUUGGCGGGAGUAAACACUGGGUUCAGUACUUUGUUGAGAGAAUUCACCAGGGGACCAUUAUAAUAACCUCUCAGAGUUGGGAUCUCGCACAAAUAUAUCCAAGCAUCCACGUAGACGGCUUAGAAGAUUUUGAAAGCCUACAUCUAAUAGAAAAGGUUCUUGGUCUUCGAGAAGGAUCGGGGGACAGCAGUUACCUCAAAUUGACGAAACUCCUCGACAACCAUGCGUUGUCAGUUGAUAGCGCAGCCCGGUAUAUGAAACAGUAUAGAACAGAUGUUGAAGGCUAUAUUAGUAUUUGGCAGUCCCAAGACGAGAGUAUUCUUGACGACUCCAAGCUUGGCCUAAAUCGGACACUUACUAAAACUAUAAGCUUAGCCAUCGAGAGGCUCGAAUUAGAGGCCCGGGGUUUUCUCCUGGUCUGCACCUUUUUGGAUCCUGGGUGUAUUUGGGCCGAGCUAUUCCUGGAUCUGCCCCAUGGUAAGUUUAACUAUCUUGUGUGGCAACUUGGGGCAUUGUCCUUGAUUAAACAAGCACCGAAUCGAGAAUUUGGAAAAGGCGGCAUCGCCAUUCAUCCCGCGGUCCACAAAGUAUUAUUUUCGCUUGCGAUUCAGAGGAGCGAUGUGGAAUUGUACAUCAAUUCUGCAAUCUUUAAUGUCGCACGAGCGGUACCGAAUGAUCAUAACGAAAAGGCUGCGGAAGAACAGCGCCGGAUUCUCCCCCACGUAAUGCAGUGUAAGGAGAAUUUGGAAAUCCUCAAGAGCUACGGCCUAAAUAUUCGCCGUGGGAUCUUACCAGGUCUUAAUAAUCUUGGACUACUACUUCAGCGAAGAGGUCAAUUGGACGACGCAGCAAGAAUCUAUGCUUGGGCCCUAAGAACUCAUGAAGAACUGUCACUUAUGGACCACUUAGAGGAUGAAGAGGGAACUGUCUCCACUGACGGUGAAACCCAAGAGGUGAAUACUUUGCCUUAUCAGGAUGCAGAUUACUAUAUUAUCCUUAACAACUUGGGCACAAUAUACAAGGAUAGGAGUGAGUUCGAGCACGCGGAGACAUGCUUCAAAAAAAUACGCGAGUCUAUUGAUAGUACCCCCGCGCAACCACACCUAGGAGACUCUUCAAAUUCUAUCUUGGAUAUCAAUCUUGCGCUCGUCCUUAUACAACGAGGCAGACUUGAUGAAGCUGAAACUUUAUUGGGUAGAGCAAAGAAGCACUACAGAGGGCUAUCAGAAGAGUAUGCCAGAGUGCAAGAGCUCCAAAUAGAAAGACAUCUGGGUACUAUUCUAAAACUACGAGGCGAACUUAAUGACGCAUCGGAAAUUUUAAGCUUCGUAUCAUUUAGACUACAAGCUACAUUAGGGAGCUCCUUAGAGUCUGCACUUGCUGAAAAGGAACUUGGCUCUGUUUUCCUUCUCCAAAAUACUACAGAAAGCCUAGAUGAGGCCAGUAAAUGCUUCAAAGAAGCUGAGAAGUAUAUUGGAGAACAUUGUGCAGCAGACGGUAUGAUUGCUCUCGACCUGCGGUGGCACCGACUUUCGGUCCGCAUGGCACAGUGCUGCAAACACCAAGAUGUUGACGAGACGGCUGUGCAACAGGCCUGUGAUGACUUCGAAGAAUUCAUCCAAUAUCUUGAAAACUCCCUGCCUAGGAAUAACGCAACAACCCUCCACAGUAUGCGUACAUAUGGCACCUGGUUGAUAAGAUUGAAUAGAUUCUACGAUGGGCGAAGGAAAAUUCAACGGGCGAUCGAGGGCUACGAGCUUCGGAAUAGCGAUCCACUACAGGCUGGGUUUGCAAACAAGGACCUUGCCGAUGGGUAUUUCGUGCAUUGGUCCAAAGAUCGACACAAUCUUCACGAUGUCGAAAUGGCGAAGAAGUACUACUUGAAAGCGGAGAAUAUAUUUGCAUCUCUGAAGUCAAGAUUUGCCAAUGAAUUCGUAGAGGAUAUUCAGGGUAAAUUGAAAGCAAUUCAGCGAUGGAUAGAUCCAGCUUCAGAGGCUCAGGAACAGCAAGAGGCACCGAGAGUAUCAAUGUCUACAGGUCACAAUGAAGAAGUCGAUAAUGUUGCCGAAGAGGUGAUAUCAUUGUAGGCCAAUCGCAAUCUACACGACGGACUAUAAAGACAAUAUACGAAAGGCCGUAUCACUAGCUAAAACCAAGAGGUGCAUCUAGUACGCAUAGCCAAGCCAAAACCCUCAAAUCACGAAGCAGUAUGAUAUAGGGACUUCCUACUAAUUUCUA